AUGCCUCGUCCCGGUCUCCCUCCUACACCCGGAUCUUCCACCGAUCUCAAAGCUAAAGACGGCGUGAACCAACUCGCCUCGCUCCACCUGGCGUUCGAGCUGCCCCCUCCCGCCAUUCAUGACGCCGCGCGUACAUCCCCGGGCAAGCUCUCUCCCGGAUCGUCCGCCGCCCACCACAGCCAGCACCACCAGCACCACCACCAGCACAUGAGCCCGCCCUCGUAUCCGAUGCAGGCCGCCGAGACGGUCAAGGCACGCCGCCGGUCAUCCGCCGCCACCAGAGAGACCAAGGACAACAGCAGCAGCAGCAACAACAGCAGCACCAACACCGCCUUUGCCCUGCCGCCGCCGCCGACCCGCUCCCGCAAGAUUAUACAGAUGAAGCCCCGCCAGGACGACGCCGCCGCCGCUGCCGACGCCUCGGCCGCCAAGGAGAGCACCGGGAAGCCGGCCGCCGGCAAGGCCGCCAAAUCGGCUGCGAAUGCCGGCGCCUCUGGGAGCGGCGCGGCUGCCGCGGGCGGCGGCGGCGGUGGCGCCAAGGCGGGCAAGAAGCAGCCCAGCGCGACGAGCGCCGCCGGACGCAAAAUUGCCCGCAAGACGGCCCACAGCCUGAUUGAGAGAAGGCGGCGCAGCAAGAUGAACGAGGAGUUUGCCGUCUUGAAGAAUAUGAUUCCCGCCUGCACCGGCGACAUGCACAAGCUGGCCAUUCUGCAGGCUUCAAUUGAAUAUAUCCGCUACCUCGAAGACUGCGUCUCGCAACUCAAGGCCCAGCACGGCAGCGAGCACCGCGGGGACGUCUCCGCCUCGGGCAACCCACUGCCGUCGAUCCGCGAGUUCCACCCAACCUUUCACGGGGAGCCGGCCGACGUGGACAUGUCCGACUCGGAAGCCGUGUCGCCGACCUUUACCGCCAGGCGCGCCAGCGAGGACCAACACAACCACAACCACCACCACUACCCCGCACCGGCGGCGCCCACGCACCAGCCGUCCGUGUCGCCGGCGCUGCACCCGCAGGAUGCCCGCCCGCGCCACCACUCGUACUCGUCGUCGUCGGCCGUCCCGGACUACCGCCACCACGGCAGCUUCACGCUCUCGGCCACACCGUCGCCCGCGUUUGGGCCGCAGCGCCACGGACCGUACGCCCGCAGCAGCACGUCCACGUCGGCGUCGACGGUCACGAGUCCCGCCCUGAACCCGCAGACGGAGCUCGACCAGGAGGCCACAGCCGCGCUGCUGAUGCUGAAUAACGACCGUCGCGGGACGACGGCGAAUGCCCGGGGGCUGUCCGUGCGGGACUUGCUGAGUGGUUGA